UGUUGACGAAUUAUUACUGCAUUUUGUUUGUAGGUGCUGACCAUUUCUUCUAGAAUUCAGUCAGUAAAUGAUGGCAUUUACUGAUUUUCAAAACUAACUUAAUACAUACAACUUACACUUACUAAUAACUAAAAUAUUUUGUUUAAAAUAAACAAACUAAAAAUAUACGGAUUAUAUUACAGAUCAUAUAUUAGAUAUGUCAUUCCAACAUUUGUCCCAUUUGUGAAACGAAUAUUUCUUUGAAAGCAGACCAGGGGGUGAAUUAUUCAUUUCCGUUUGCUCUUGCUGGUGAAAUGAAGCUUAAACAUCGUGAAACAUUUAAGGUUCAAAUCAGAGAAAGUGGGUCUCCGUCGUCGCGCGCGCGCGCGGCGUCCGGCGGACCUGCUCACGUGGUCCGCCCCGCGCAUGCGCACGGUGUCGUGGGCCGAUGGAGAGAAGAUGCCCACUGCCAUCAUCCCCGCGUAGAGCCGGAGAGCCGCAGAGCGCUCGCAGCUGCCGCAGAGCCCGCGCACUCAGUCGUCUUCAGCACAGCCGCAUGUUGUAGCCUGACACCAGCAGCCUGAUGUCUGUGGCUAAUGCGAAACACACUGUCCUGAAUCCGGUAAGAGCCCUAUUAUUAUUAAUAUUAUUAUUAAUAUUAUUGUUAUUAUUAUCAGUGCUCUGAUGCCAUCAUGCAGUGAUCAGUAGAGCCUUAGAAUCCAGCUGUGUGCCAGUCGCUGUGUUGCCAGCGUGUGAACGGCCUGCCUGCACACUGGACCUGAACUAACCCGAGCUCUCAGACUCUCAGUGUAAUCCGGCUCAUAAUCCCUGAAACACAGAGGCGUUUACUGCCAGCUCCCGCACUUCAUGUCUUCAGCCGCUGUCAGUGCAGGUACCCGCUGCUUUAACCUCAGCUCUCCACCUCAGGUGAUCCCAUACACAGGGCCCAUACCUGGAGGCCUGCACCCCGGGGAGAUCAUCAUCAUCCAGGGCACCGUGCCCCCAGAUGCUGACAGGUUUCAGGUGGACCUGUCGAGCGGCUGCAGCACCAAGCCGCGCUCUGACGUCGCCCUCCACUUCAGCCCUCGCUUCAAAGGCACGCCCUGUGUGGUGUGUAAGUCCCUGCUGCAGGAGAGCUGGGGCAAAGAGGAAACGCUCCAUCAGCUGCCCUACAAACGCGGAGCCCCCUUCGAGACCAUCAUCCUGGUCCACGAUGACGUCUUCAAGGUGGCAGUAAAUGGCGCUCACCUGCUGGAAUACAAGCACAAAAUCCCACUGAACAGGGUCGACACGUUUUCUAUAUCUGGGAAAGUCAGGGUGCACGCUAUUGGCUACAUCCCAAACUCAGCAAUAUAUUCAGAAUCAGGUGACUUGAGCCUCCCUUACAAAGGCAGUAUACUGAAAGGCCUGAGCCCUGGGCAGCACAUCACAAUCAAAGGACAGGUCAGCAUGUAUCCUCACAGUUUUACAGUGAACCUCCGCCACAGCAGGACAGAGAACAUCGCUCUCCAUCUGAACCCUCGCAUGAAGUCGGGUGUGUUCAUCCGGAACUCGUACCUGAGUGAGUCCUGGGGUCAGGAGGAGCGGGAGCUGCCCUUCUUUCCCUUCUCCUCAGGGGAGUACUUUGAGAUUCUCAUCCUCUGUCAGCCCCAUCAGUUCAAGCUGGCAGUGAAUGGCUCGCACUUGUUUGAGUUCAGACAUCGGGUGCAGGACCUGAGCAGCAUUGACCAGCUGGAGAUCAUGGGGGACCUGGAGCUCACUGAUGUGAAACUGUGGUGAAUCGGGACUGUGGAUUUACACGGAAGCCAGCGUUACAGACACUCUUGUGUUCUGGUUAUUGAUGCUAAAUUAGCUUAGCCACAAUGGCCCAGACAAUGGAUGCUAAAAAACGGCAAACCCUGUGCUGACUUCAGGUGAGGUUAGUCUUGCAGCAGCCAUAGGUCACUGAUUUUAAGCUAGUCUAGCAUUUUUUGUGACCAGGGACCGUGAAUAGGUCCGGCCGUGGAGUUUCAAUGGUCCGUGUUUCCAGCCCUGACUAGACGACUGAUGCAUGAGAGUUAGCUGUGCUGGAGCAUCAGGCUGUGAGUCACCGUGACCGUUUACAGGUUAGGUUUGCCUUGGUUCAUUUCUUAUACCGUCUCUAGUGCAUCUCUGCUGUGAUACGCCCUUAGUGCACUGUAUAAUUCAAACAGGAAAUAUGUGUAAAUGUUAAUAAGCACUCAAGUGCUGGCUUUGUUUAAAUGCCAGGUUACUGUCAGCAAAUACAAACAAUGAAUGAAUCUGAACCUUUCUUUAGUAGCGAGGCCUAAUGAAGGUUCAUUUACUUGUACAGAUCAUUUAAAAAGCUUUGAAACAUUUGCCAUCGUUUCUAAAUAAUUCUGAUUGUGUUUUCUUUGAAAAUGAAAACAUUUUGAAUGUAGAGUCAAAAUCAUUUUCAUCUGCAGUUUUUUUUUUACAUGAAAUUUUAAAGGUACACUAUGCAGGAAAAAAAACAAUGUAUAGACUCAUACAAAAGGAACACCUCCCAAUCAACACUUAGGGCCCACUAGAAGUGUGUGGUGGUGUAUUUAUCUGCAGACUCUGCCCUCUGCACGCAGUUUUUUCUUAUUUUGUGGUGGUCGGGGACGUUUUUGGGACAGUGGAUGUGUAGCUCCCAACCAAAAACAGUGCACUGGUGAGGUCAGGACUUAACAAAAAGUUAAUGACCAGGCUGACGCUGCGAUCUGUGUCGUCUGUGUCUGAUGCUCUGCUAAAUUCUCCUGUCUGGACACAAACUCAAUUAGCUAAUGUUGCUGCUGGCUUGUUGACUGCUGUCUGUAACUCGACAGAUGCAUUGUAAUUACGUUGUUAUCAUGACACGCAAUUAUUGUCUACUACUUUUCCUAUAAGAGAGCUAGACAGAAGUAUCAUAUAUUUGCGAGAUACGUCGUCACUCAUUUUCCCACUGGCAGUCAGGCACACCACUCUUGAGCCGCUGCCUUAUGAAGGUAUGUGAUGGUGCAGGUGGUACACUGGGCUGUGUGUGUUCUGGUCAGCAGCAGGGAGGUGUGUGCCUCUGGUGGUGUUGAGCCAGGGAGGAGGGCCCAAGUUCCAAUGUUGUGUUUACAAACAGAAACUGAUAAUUCAUGCGUAGUUUACCUUUAAUGAAGGACCUGCCUACGUAAGGUAUGCCCACAUUUCUUUGUUUCAUUCUUCAUCUCCUUUUAAAUCUGUCUGCUGUUUAAUCCUCAGGAUUCUUUAACACACGAUAGCAUCCCAUGCACUUGACAUUUGAGUCAAUUUAGCAUGUAGUGGUGCAGCAGAACUCAAGCACAGUGCAGUACAGGGCCAGUUUAAAAUGUAACUAUUUCAAUAACCUAACAUGACAUUUUGCAAUCUUUAUGCAAGCUUUAGAUUAUAGUAGAAUCCCGCAUCUGUGACCAUCUCUUGUCUCACUUCUCUCCCAGUCAGUGCUGCACUCAUCAAUCCUGCUGGUAAAAAAUCUGAGGUGUUUCUUCUCCA